CCUCCUCCCCUCGCUCCUUAAACGGGAUUCCGGCUGGGCGAGCCGCCGGACGGCAUCACCGGGCAUCCCGCGGCGCGGAGCCCCGGAGGCUGUGGCAGGUCCCCGCUGUCCCUCCCCGCACACACACGCUCAGCCCGGCCCGGAAAGCAGGAAAAAAAUAAUUUACAAGGUUUCCCCCUUUCCCUGACCUCCUCGCCCGUGACUCUCGAGUGGAAAAAAAUCGCCCGCGGGGGCGAAAGGGGGGAGGUUGUUAAAAAGCCGGUGAAGGGGCAGAGCCGCUCCGUGGGGAGGGCACCCCCAGGCAGCCCCCGCCACCCCGGGGAGGGGGGGAUGAGGUAGAGGCCGGCGGCGGAGCGCCCGCCGGGCGCCGUGGCCGCGAAGGGCAUGAGGCGGCGAGCGGCGGGGAUGGGCUCCAGCGCGCGGUGUUAGAGCCCGGCAGCAGCCAAGGUCUGAGAGGACAGUAGCCUGUGCGAUACGGCGGGGUCUGGUUUUCAAAAUGGAAUUGCAGCUGGCGCUCCUUUUCGCAGGGAUAAUUGCAUUUUCGGAUUCGGCGAGAGGCCCCCCGAGGAUCUCUGAUAAAGUGACUCACCGCCAGUCCGUGAGGCUGGGCAGGACCAUCAAGCUCCUGUGCCCGGUGGAGGGCGACCCCCCGCCCCUCACCAUGUGGAUGAAGGACGGACGGACCAUCCACAGCGGCUGGACGAGGUUCCGAAUCCUCCAGCAAGGGCUGAAAAUCAAGGAGGUGGAGAGCGAAGAUGCAGGGACCUACAUCUGCAAAGCCACCAAUGGCUUCGGCAGCACCAACGUCAACUACACCCUCAUCGUCAUCGAUGAUGCCAGCUCAGGAAAGGACAGCCAGGUGCCUGAAGGCUCCAAUGGAGAAUAUGAAGAUCAUUCUGGGAAGCAGUGGGCCCGGCCCAGGUUCACUCAGCCUGCCAAGAUGAGACGGAGAGUGAUUGCCCGUCCCGUCGGCAGCUCCAUCCGCCUCAAGUGCGUGGCCAGCGGCAACCCCAGGCCUGACAUCACGUGGCUGAAGGACAACAAACCCCUCACUCCCCAGGAGAUUGGGGAGAACAAGAAGAAGAAGUGGACGUUGAACCUGAAGAACCUGAAGCCAGAGGACAGUGGGAAGUACACCUGCCGGGUGUUUAACAAAGUUGGAGAAAUCAACGCAACGUACAAAGUGGAAGUGAUCCAGAGGACGAGGUCCAAGCCCAUCCUGACAGGGACACACCCCGUCAACACCACGGUGGACUAUGGUGGGACCACAUCCUUCCAGUGCAAAGUGCGCAGCGACGUCAAACCCGUCAUCCAGUGGCUGAAGAGGGUGGAGUACGGCACAGAGAGCAAGUACAACUCCACCAUCGAUGUCGGGGGGCAGAAGUUCGUUGUGCUGCCCACGGGGGAGGUCUGGUCCCGCCCAGAUGGUUCCUACCUGAACAAACUGAUGAUUACUCGAGCCAAGGAGGAGGAUGCAGGGAUGUACAUUUGCCUCGGGGCAAACACCAUGGGCUACAGCUUCCGGAGUGCUUUUCUCACAGUCCUGCCAGAUCCCAAGCCUCCCAGCGCACCUGUGCCCCCUUCCUCGGCCAGCAGCCUGCCCUGGCCCGUGAUCAUCGGCAUCCCGGCCGGAGCCGUCUUCAUCUUCGGGACCAUCCUGCUGUGGCUGUGCCAGUCCAAGAAGAAGCCCUGCUCCCCCCCGGCCGCUGCCCCCGUGCACCGCCCGCAGCCCCGGGACCGGAUCUGCGUCUCCCAGGUCCCCGACAAAGACUGCAUCUCCUCCAUAAACUACGAGGAAUACGUGGCUCAGCAGCAGCAUUUACUGUCCCAGGGGCCCGCCCUGGCCCCUGCCAUGGCCUCCAAAAUGUACCCAAAGAUUUACACGGACAUCCACACCCACACCCACUCGCACGUGGAAGGCAAAGUCCACCAGCACCAGCACAUUCAGUACCAGUGCUAAGGGCUGGCCCCGUGUACAGUGGCUCGUUUGGGCUUUUCCUCGUGGUACCUCAGCAGAGACUGCUCCAAGUCAGCUCAGCACUGCCAGCAACAGGCAAAGCAGACAGAAAAGGUUAUAUAUGUAAUUUUAAAUAUAUAUAUAUAUAUAUACAUAUAUAUAUAAUUGUAUAUGCGUGUGUGUAUGUGUGUAUAUAUAUAUGUGUAUAUAUCUAUAUCUAUCUAUAUAAAUAUAUAUAUAAUAGAGAAAGACACAGAGAGAAAAGAGAUUUUUUUUUUAAUUAUUGCAAUCAGGAUGUAGCCGAGGAAUAAUGAAGGAACUCCAAUGCACAGCAGAGAGGCAGCUGUCUGUCUCCAGCAGCAGAGCCCUCCUGGAUAUUUUAAUCAAAGUGGCAACAAGUGAGAUGGGACACAGGGAUGUGAACCACCACCUUCUUCCUUGUGUUACUGAAGGGAACAGGUAGAGCAAGAGGUGUGUGUGGGACUUUUCUGGCUGGGCCUGGAUGCCUGCUGGGCAUCACUUGUUUGGUGGAAACCCCCAGACCUCUCCUGCUCUGAGUGACUCAAGCUCUAACGUGCUUGAGGUUUAGUGCCAAAGCACCAGGAGACAUAACCCAUUCAUUUCUUCCAGGUUAAGAAAAUAACACAAGAGGGUCUGAAAAAACCAAUUUCUGUUCACAAGGUGAAAUGCCACGUGCUUCUCAGUCAUGGCCAACACAAUCAGCUAACCAAGCUGGUUGGUUCAGUUUCUGCAAGGUGAAGGCAUCUUGUUUCCCAUGGGAUGUUCUGCAGAUCAGCUCCGCUCCCCUGGUCCUAGGACUCAGUGCCACUGCCAGGAAAAAGGAAAGAAGGAAAGAGGAACAUUGUACAGAACACCUUUAUAUUUAUAUUUAAGAAAUAAUAAUAAUAAUAAUAAUAAUUGAACUGCUGAUUGUGAAGAAAGCAAAACACACUGUCCUUCUCUGAUGGCUUAGAGUGACAAGCUACUGGAUUUUCUGCAUCAAUGCAAAAUACGUGAAAGCAUUAGAAAAAAUAGUAAGAAGCAAAGAGAGUGAAAUAAUCUUGUAAGAAAAAAUUGCAUUUGAGAAAUAUCCACCUAGGUUGUGUGUGGUUGUCCCCUCCCCUCAGAUAUCACUUCGUAAGUGAUAAAACACUGCAGUUCAAGCAACAGUAAAAACGCAAAGAAGAGAAAAUAAAUAAGGACCAUAUUAAAUACCUAUAUGGACUGGGAAUGAAUCCAAUUUCAAAAUAUAAAACCUUUGUAAUUCUAUAUAGAGUUUAAACAGAAGUCAUGUAUAUUUAAUUUAUUUUGUUAAACAAGAAAAAAGUGUAUGAUAUUUUCCUCAAAACAGGCAUUUCUAUAUGUAUUUUUGAUCAAAGAAAAUAAAGAUUCUUUUUCAGGUUCUGUAGAUGCCAUGCUCAGAACACACUUGA